CUUGCUACCAAUUGCUACCAACACCAAGUCUGUCGUUGGGUGAAAACUCCCGUGCCGACCUUAAAAAACUCCACUGUUUACAAAACCGGUAGAACAAUAGCGUUGCGUGGACAACCUUCAAGUUUCUUUGCAUUGAGGAAAAUAUUCUUUGGAUGAAAUUGAGAUGCGGGAGUCGACUCUGAUUAAUUUUAUUCUUAGCGGUGUCAUAGUAUUCAUGAUGCCGUCUCAAGUAAUAUCGACUUGGUGGUUCAUCAGCCAGUUGAGUGCCGUAGGGACCCGUAUCAUGUGCGAUAACAUCCCGGGCCUAGUCGGCAAGCAGCGUGAGCUGUGCCGUAACUACCCUGACGUGAUGGUCAGCAUCGGCCGCGGUGCUCGAGAGGGCGUCAAAGAGUGUCAGUACCAGUUCCGUGACGGUCGUUGGAACUGUAGCACCAUGGACAGGGAUACGUCGGUCUUCGGCAAAGUCAUGCUGAAAAAAGCAAGCAAAGAGGCAGCCUUCGUCUAUGCCAUUUCGUCUGCUGGAGUAGUACAUGAGAUUACCCGGUCGUGCAGCAAGGGGGAACUCCUCGACUGCGCCUGCGACCCGACUAAGAAGGGCUCAAGCACGGACGAGCACGGUGAGUUCGACUGGGGAGGAUGUAGCGACAACGUCAAGUUUGCCGAUGAUUUCGCCCGGCAGUUCGUGGACGCCAGGGAGAGGAAAGAGAGAGACCCGCGGGCUUUGAUGAAUUUACACAACAACAGAGCAGGACGAAGGGCAGUGAUGAAGAACAUGAAGUUGGAAUGCAAGUGUCACGGUGUGAGCGGCUCUUGCUCGAUACGGACCUGCUGGAAGGCCAUGCAGGACUUCCGGGAAGUUGGCAUGUACCUCCGGUCCAAGUACGACGACGCCUCGGAGGUGACCAUGGGGCAGGACGGCACGGGGCUCAGUACGAGCCGGAACCAUCGGAGGCCCAACAGGGUGAAUCUGGUGUACUUCGAGGAAUCACCAGACUACUGCAAGAGAGACCCGGAGACAGGAUCUUUGGGUACAGCCGGUCGUCUUUGCAACAAGACAUCCCAAGGUCCCGAUAGUUGUGACGUGAUGUGUUGUGGCCGAGGAUACAACACCAUGAGAGUCCAGCAGACCAACCAGUGCGAAUGUAAAUUUCACUGGUGCUGCUACGUUCGCUGCAGUGAGUGCACAGAGACUGUGGACCAGCACACCUGCAAGGGGAUCACUUCAGACCGGGAACGAGAGGCAGCAGGAGACGCCUCAUCAGCGACGGCCACGAGCAGUCAGCAGUCGGGCGUGGACGAGCCUCCAACCUCGGUGCUCGUGACGACGAAACCACGGAGGCAGGGCCGGAAACCCUCAAAGAGGAGAGAUAAACCGAGAAAGCGCGACUCCUCCUCAAGUAAAAGGAAUCGUGAAGCACCUACUGCUACUGCCAAGCAAUCCAAAGAUGUAACAACAACAGCAGCAGCAAUAUAAUGUCAAUGUCACAACAACAUGACUGUAAAACACCAACUGCCAUCUGUAAGGUCAACAUCUUGUGGCACUACUCAGAGCAGAGUUAUUCCCAGGAGACAGCUUUACAACUACAUGUAAACAAGGCCACAUAAUUGCAGACAUUAUGUGGGGUGCAAGCACGGCCAUAAAAUAGGACCCUGUACUUCUUGAUAUAAUGCGCGAGUAAAGAUAUAAAGCUUUAAAGACAAUGGACACUAUUGGUAAUUGUCAAAGACCAGUCUGCUCACUUGGUGCAUCUCAAAAAAUGCAUA